AGCCAAAAAAUUUUGGCUCAAGUUGCUUGGCUUUUGUUGCAUUGUCUUCUUUUCAGCGAAGGGAAGUUAAGCAACACCACACUUGUUUUGUAAUUACUAUUUCUAAGUUCUGUCUUAAGGUCUUGCUUGUGUUUUCAAUGCAUUUUGCAACACUGGGUUUCCAAGUACUAGGUGGCAUUUAGCUUUCAAAAAAAGAAAGACUGAAGUGGGAGGCUCCAAGAAGAGCCAGUAGUAGCACCAGGGAACUUCUGCUGUUGGAUGUGAAGAUCUGUUCCUGUGGCGCUGUCUGGUCAGAUCCCACCAUGAAUGUCCUGCAGAUCUGCUCAGUGAUCUGCUCUUUUGUCAGCCUUCUGCUGUUCCUUAUAUCCCUUUGCUCAAACUACUGGGUGGUAAAUAGUACUGUGCAUGCGGGUCUUUGGAGGUAUUGUGUCUUGAAUGCUUGUUCUUUAUUUGGGAUGAAGCUGGGAGCUGCAGGCCACGCUGUUCGAGCUUUUAUGCUGCUGGGGAUGAUUGCUGGUGCCGUCUCUUUCUUUGGUCUUUGCUCCUCAUUCUUUAAAUCUAAAGUCAGCUCCAUGUCCCUGAUCAAGACCUCAGCUAACGCCAGUAUCCUUGCAGCACUUUGUGUCAUGAUUGCCAUGGCCAUUUUCACAGGAGCUUCAUCUGCCCCAGGAUUUGUUUACGGCUGGUCUUUCAUCUUCGGAUGGGCUUCUUUUCCUCUGUUUCUGAUAACAGGUGUGGUGACUAACCUAUCACGAAGUCGAUCAUAGGAGUGAUCAUGCAGAAAAGGUGCUGAAGCUUUGUGAGAUGACACAAAUUACAAGCAUUUGCAGACGACUUGGUGUUUAUUUUGGAAGAUCCA